AUGUCUCAAAACACUCACCAAAAGGCGCUCUUUUCAAAGCCAACGCGUGGUCGAAAAUCUAUGACUGUUCCUAUCCAGUUGGACUAUACAGGCCAUAACCCUGUUAUGGUAGUGGAGAAUCUACGAAAAGAUAAAGUGUCAAAAAAAGGUACCGACUACAAAGAAGAACAGCACCUUUUUGCUAUGGUAGAACAGCAGGUCGAUAUUGUACAUGAGUUGGCGCGAGAACCAGACAUCGAAUAUGAGUAUAACGGCGUUGCAAAACAAGAAUUUGCACGCAUGACGACGGAACAGUUGAAAAACUAUGCCAAACUGUUCGCCACGGCGAUAAUUAAAAUGAAUUAUAAUUAA